AAAGUGGCAAAGGAGCGCGGAAUGAGUUUCUCAUUGGACAGCUUCGACGUGGACUCGAUUGCAGAAAACACUUCAACAUGAGAAAUCUACGUCUGACUGCUGUCCUUAACAUAUAUGGUGCGGUGAACGCGAAGGUUGCAUGCAAAGCGGUUCUACUACCUAGUGUUAUCACUCAUGCAGAUUGCGAAAUUUUUCUGGAUACUUCAGACAUGGAGAUUAUGGGGGCGGAUUUGAAGUUACUGACUCUUUAUUGUCACCUCCCACUAUUUCUACAACACACCGUAUCACAUAUACAUUCGCCGAGACAGUGUUACGAAAUACGACGGAAGACGCUGAGAUUAGACUUAGAGUCGUGUAAUUGCACUCUUUAUUCGAGACAAAAAUUCCUACGAAUUCAUCACUGCGUCAGUGGUUUACUCAUUGGCCAGUGGAAGCAAGCAAGCAUAGCUUUUGUGCACUUCCCCUUUGAUCUUGUCCAAAUUCGAUCGGUGUUGCGUCAUGCUAUAGCGGAUGGAUCAAAAUCUUCCGAGUUUCAUCCUAGUAUUUCAUCGACGGAAACUGUCUUACGAACAAAAGAUCUUUUGGAUCUGAAUGCAACUUUAACGUUAACGAAUGGAGCUGGACAUAUUCUACUAUCAAGCACAUGGCGUAAUUUCGAUAUCACUGAAGAUCAUUGUUUGUUAUUGUCUAAUGAUGAUUGGGGAUUUCACAUUCCAUUUGAUCAUCAUAUUCAAGCAAAUCUAAAAGUUGGUAGUCUUGAUGUGUUAAUUGAGGAUGUGUUUGUGGUGAAAUUUCAGGCAUAUAACACCGAUGGAUUAUGUAUUGUAAAUCUCGUGUACAGGUUGGACCUUAUUAACUCCUGCAAAAGACACACUGGUCCAGUUUGGAGAAGAGCACGGUGAACGACUGUUAUUCACGAUCCAAGAGCAAGACGCUGAGCUAACUGGUCUGGUACUUCGAAGCACAUCCGGUGAAAGGACUGAAAAAUUAAUUCAACUUAACUUACGGGUAAAAAGGAACUGAAUCAACCGGUUUUCCCUCCUCACGAAUGAACACUUUGUUACCUGAUUUUGUUGCUUUAUAAUUUGAUGUCGCAUUACCCAUUUUAACUAUUCCAGCUGUGCCUUCAAAGUAACGCACUGCACUCGAAAUUUGCUAAGGGCACUUCAAAGCAUUUAAGAUAACUUGUGCUUUUUGGUUGUCCAUUCGUCGCUUCCGUCUUCUUACUUUCUUCGAUCCCUUGCUUACACCAGUUUACGCAUCACUUACUGUAAUAUUUAUAAACUAGGAACAACUGUUCCACAGAACCACAGUGGCA